AUGUGGCAUGAAGCCCGUAAACAGGAAAAACUGUUAAGAGCUCGCAUCGUUGAUUGUUCUCGCCGAGCUGAACAACGGAGAAAGUAUUAUGAAAAUGUGAGAAAAGAUCCUGACCAGUUUAUGCAACUGCAUGGUCGAGGAUGUACCAUACACGCAGAUAAGAGCAUUGCGAAAGCUGCAGAGGAACAGAAUAUUUUGCGGAAGUGGCAGGGAGAUCCAGAGAUUCUCAUUGAUCGUUUUGAUGCCCGAUCACAUUUGGAUUACAUCCCUCCUCCCAGAACAACACGGAUUGAUGAGAAGAGUGCCAUUGCCAAAGAGGAAACAGUUUGUGAUUUCGAAAGAUAUCGUCUGCUCAUAAUCAAUGAGUUCAAAGAUGUUUCGGAAAAAACUUAUCUGCGUAAAAUUGGUGAGAAGGAGUUCUGGUUGACUAGUAACAAUGAGGAUUAUCGCAAACUGGAGAUGGAGAAGAAGAAGAAAAGCGGAGAAGGAAAAGCAUCCAUAGGUUUCUCAUACAAUGAUUCUGACGUAGUUAGAGGAAGUAUGAAUGAAGAGUCUGAGGAAGAGAUUGACGACGAAGUUCAGGAUAUCGAUGUUGAUCUGGAUCUUUCAAAGUAUACUGCUGAUUCACAAAGAAGAGCAAAUAAGAUAGGCGAAGAUUAUGGGAUCAAGUUAGCCAGGUUCACCGGACUCUUGGCUGCCGAUCAACAUGCAUCUCGGGAAGCUGCUGAGUUAAAGAGAAUUGAAAGACAGAAGAGCAUGUUAGCUGGUCGAGAAGGGAAACAAGGACGGCAAAUUCUCAAACGACAACGUGCAAUGAUUGUUGGCAAGGGUGUGAAUGAUGAAGCCACACUUAGUUUUAAAUUCCGUGAGAAGGCUUAUGAGGAUAAAAACAAAUACUUGAAGCAAGAAUCUUCCAGUAGUGAUUCUUCAGAUGACGAACCAGCCAAAGCAGAGUUUAUCACUACAUUUGGUGGAGGCGCAGACAAAGAUGAUGAUGAAGAGGAGGAACUAGUUAAACCAGGAUCAGCUGAGCCAGCUGAGAAAAUGGAUCCAGCAUGUAUGAAGAUGCUUCAAUUUGCUACCGGUGAACCCACUACAUCGCUUGAUAUGGACGGACAAACGCCGCCAGUUAGAAAGGUUUCGAAACCACGGGUAAAUAGGAGCAGAUCCCCUAGUAUGAGUCGAAGAUCCAGAACUGCAUCUCCUCCAUGUCGACCUGGUGGUUCUCCGUCCCCAGUCAGAGAAGAUGACUCUACCGGAGUGCCCAGUGACGACACUGGUCUCGAAGAAAAAAAAGUUGCUUCUGACUCGCCCGAAUCUAGUGAUUAUGGAUCAGAUUUGGAACUUGUAGAAAUAAGAUCAAGCAUGUCGGACUCUGAGAAGGAACGUAUACAAAUCGAAAACAGAAAGCGGAGAGUUAAACGUACGAAACGAAUGAUGAAAGAAAAGAAGCCUGACAGACAAGACGAUGAGUCAGAAGAAGAAGAAAAGAAAGAGAUAGCACGAAAGUUGAAGGCCAGGUUAAAGAAAACUUUACGUCAAACUGUUGAUGAAAUGCGGGAAGAAGAGGAAGCCAAGAAACGAGAAGCAGAGAAAGAAAAAAGAAUUCGUGAUGAGAUUAUAUUCAUUGAAGAGCAAGAGCGGAAGCAGCGGGAGAAAAAGCGACGGGAAGGCUCCGAUCGAAGAAAGAGUAGCCGCAGUAGUAGCAGAAGCAGUCGGAAAUCAGCUCUCGUAGAAACAGAACAAGGUCAAGAUCUCGUUCUCGUUCUAGGAAUCGUUUACGAAGUAGGUCACGUGACCGACGAUCCAGGAGCCGAAGCAGAAGCCGCAGUCGACAUCAUCAGCAUAGAGGAGGUGGAGAUUACAAACACAAGCAUAAAUAGAGAACGUCAUCGAGCGCGGCAUAGAUAUGCUCACAGAUAA